AUGAUUCAAGGCCGCUUUGUCAUCGAGCCUGACUGCCUCUCCUCUACCGGUGUCCUUGAGGAGGUGUAUGCUGCGAACGCUGCGGGUCUUAUAUACCGUCACGCCAUGACGCCCCCCAACCCAAGAGACGGGAAAGUAGCUCAAGACAAGACCAUGUCGACCUCCGCACCCGCGGGCCCUGACUCGGAACCGAAGGUCCCAGAGAGGUACAGGCGAAAACUCACCGAGGCGAGGAGAGAGCAAAACCGACGGUCGCAGCGCGUCUGGCGAGAAAGGCAGAAGCAACGUCGAGAUGAAGAGAUCAGAGCCAAGGUCGCGCAAGAAUUGUCAAAGCGGGAGAGGGAACAUGCGCAACAGCUGUCCGCUGCCGACCCCCGGGUCCCCCCGAUGGAGCCCUUUGACCCAGGCGAAGGCUCGUCUACUACCUUUCUAGAGCCCCCUCCUGAGGAGCGAACGACAGAAACGAGCGCCGACAACGCUGCAAGCGAAGCGACGGCGCUCCCAGAGCCAGUUCUUCCGUUGAGAGUUGCAGUGUAUUACUAUGUGCCGCCAAUCCCUGACGCUCUUGAUAUGAGACACACAUGGCCCGUCCCAGACGACACCGACUCGAAGACAUAUACUCUUCCCCCGGGCGUUACUCCGAGGGGAAGCCCUCUAACCAGUCUGUCUCCUUCGCUGUCCCCCAUGAGACAGGUGUCGCCUUUUCAGCGCUCCCCUCGGCCGUCGCCACAUUCUCACUCGUCAGCGUCUCGAAGCAUAUCACGAACUCGACCAUCCCUCCCAUCACCUUACAAAAACCAUCUCCAGCUGGUCGGAGAAUCAUGUUUCGCAGCAACCAUGUCCAUCGCUCAAAGCCUGGGCAUUUCCAUCGUCUCGUAUGUCAACGAUCACCCUUCCCCAUUUUCCACCGAAUCCAAUGCCAAUAUCCACACGAUCCCGGUCGAUCUCCGACCCACCGCCCAUCAACUCAUCAUCCCCCAUCCCUCAUACUUGGAUUGCAUUCCUUUUCCUCACUUUCGGAGCAUGGCUAUCUACCUCUCGAGCGUCAGGAAACUUGAUCAUAUGAGCCUCUUCCUCGACCUGAUGCACGACGGCAUGGUCUGCUGGGGACGGGAGCGCGCCAAUGGAUACUCUGGAAGGAGUAUGCGAGAUGGCGUGGCUUGGAACAAGCGGAGUUGGGAAGUCCGGCGGUGGUUCUGGCGCAAAUGGAGCUGGAUUGCCAGAAUGACCGUGGAGGACAUCGACAGCGGCAUCAUCACGCAACAAACCGAGGAGGAAUUUGAUGACGAGGACGGCAUGUUGAGCGGCAGCCAAUGGUGGUGGUCCCUUCAUGACGAUGAAGAGGGCCUUUCACCAUCUGGGGAUGUAGCAUCAAGCUCGUCGGAGGUCCCUCCCCAAGAACCAGAAGAGCUGGGCAGCUUCCUCAGUCGCCAUGUUGUCUGUAAUGUUGGAAUACGCCAGACGAGCGAGAACCACCUGCUGAUGCAUUGGGAUUGAUGACUUGUGCGGAAAAUUUUAUUCUGAACGGGACGCUGGCGAGACCUGGUCCUGUAAGUCUGGCGUUCAGGCACAUGGUUAUGGACAAUUCUCGGUCGAGGCGUACAUCCAUAACACCCAACAAACAAAUUGAACCUGUGGCUAUAUCCACCCACCCAGCCCGCCACUAUCCCUUCCCUUCAGCUCGGCGACGGAGCCACCUGGCGGAACCCUCGCGGUUGACAGGGGCGCCGAGCUCUUCUCCAGAUCCAUUACCUGUUCCUUUCCCCACCACGAGCGCCGCUCCCCCGUCGAGUCUGCCGUGUCGACUCUAGCUCGCCCCGUGCCCAUGCCCACGGCACUCUCUUGCC